UUUUUAAGCCGGCUGAAGCAGCGGGGUUCGCUGCUCAAGGGGUUCGCGGGCUGGGGGGGUGGGGGAGGAGGAGGAGGAGGGUUGCCAGCGCGUGGAAGGCGCCUGCCUCGCGCUCGCGCGCCAUGUACCAGCGGAGCCCUAAGGCGGCCCUGCGCGUGGGCGCCCGCUGCUCCUGGAGGUGGGACGGCAGCAGCAGCAGCAGCCCGUUCCGCCUGGGCCAGGGAGACUCGGCGCGCUGUUGCCACCCGGCGCGGUUGCGGCCGCGGGAUGUGGCUGCCUCCUGGGAUAAAUUAUCCCCUGAGCUUAUCUCUUCCACGCCAAUAAAACUGACUUUUCCCUCCUUAUUCUCCAAGAAGCUGUCAGAAGCUACCCCUCACCUUCCAGCUCUGUCUCACCCUUCUGCAGAAAACUGUACUGUAAUCCAAUAUGGACUGAAAUUCAGCAGCCUGGAGACCAGGCCCCUUUUCCAUCCAGCUGUUUCCUCCCCCCCUGAAAGCAUGGAAGAUGCCAUCAUUUUGGAGAAUGGGAGGCAAGAGGGUAACCUAAGUGUACGACCUAGCGAAGGACUGGACAGUGCUUCUUUAGAUUCUUUGUAUAGUCUCUUUCAUGACUGGCAUUUGCAAUUACCUUAUCCAACAUCGGAGGCAGCACCUGCAUCCCUUGCGCCUUUCCAAGCCACCUCCAGGGUUCCCUCCCCGGUCACUUCGCCUACCAGCAGUAACCGCGACAUGGAGGAGCACCUCGAAGCCAUGCACCAGAAAUUACGGGAAGAGUUACCAGGCUUUUUUUCGAGGACUCAUAAUUAUGCAAUGUAUUCCCGGGACGUAGAAUUCAUCAAUGAGAUUCUGCAUCUGAAAACACGUGGCCUAAUGCUAUAUCAACUGGCUGUUAUCUUGUGCCGUUUUGUGGCCUGGAACUAUUUUAUUCAUAUGCACCUAGAGGUGAUGAAGGUGACGCAACAUCCUGAGAACUGGAGCAUCCAAGUGCGGUGGCGGAUUAGAGGACUGCCUUUCCAUGUCUUCCUGAUGCGUUUCUUCAGGAAUAAACCUGAAUUUUACAGAGUUUACGAUGCCUAUUCCACUUUCUUCUUAAAUCCACAAGGGUUAAUUAAGUGUCACAAAGUAAGCAAGCUCAUGCCCUCCCAGCCACUUCAGAACAAGCUAAAGAACCUUGCUGUAGCCUCUUUGCUGGGCCUGGAACUGUCCGACCAGAGGCCAUCACUUUUGCCGUGGCUAGUUAGCAGCAAGGGGCAUCAAGAUUCUAUAGGGGGCAGUUAAAAGCCUUGCCUUCCUGUCAAUACCUCUCUUGGUUCAUCUACCUGUCUGAUAGGGAGGAUGCCACUAAACAACUCAUUGUAUGUCUGUGUUUCUUCUGUAUAGUGUGGAUGUUGCCCCAUGUUGGUGCUGUUCAUUGCACUAGUAAAUGCUGUAAAGAUGAUUGCAAUCUAAUAUUGUACAUAAUAAUAAUAAUAAUAAAAGUUUACAUUG